AUGCCUCCAAAAGCAGCCCCUCCUCAGAGGGAAUUCAUCCAUCCCGAAGCUGGCCAUGCGCGAAAGAAGGUCCCCAGCGCUUUCGCGAUACAGCCCAUUACGGCCUUCUACUGCUUUCUGGCUGCCAACAUCGUCUCUGCCCUAUUCGCCCCGAUCCAAGACUGCGAUGAAACAUUCAACUACUAUGAGCCGACGCACUACUUGUCCCAUGGCUACGGCCUGCAGACCUGGGAAUAUUCCCCCACCUAUGCCAUCCGUAGCUGGCUCUACGUCGGCGAGUUCUACUUCAUCCGCUAUGUCCUUGCCCUCGGUUGCGCCUUGUGCCAGACCCUUCUUUUCCGUGUCAUCAGCCUCACCCUCAAUGCGCGCAUCGGUCUCUUCUUCAUAAUAGCCACCGUCUUCAGCCCCGGUAACUUCCAUGCGAGCACUGCCUUCCUGCCCUCUAGCUUUGCCAUGUACAUGGCCAUGCUUGGUGCUGCAUCUUUCAUGAACUGGCGCGGUGGUCUCAAGACCGCCCAAGGCAUCUUCUGGUUCGCCAUGGGAGGCGUUGUGGGAUGGCCCUUUGCAGUAGCUCUUUCCGCGCCAUUCCUCGUCGAAGAGGCCCUCUUUGCUGUCUUGAGUGACAAGGACCGCUUCAUCGAAGCAAUUCUGCGUGUCUCCAGGGGUGUGACUGCCGGGCUGAUAGUUCUCUUCUUCGAUGGAUGCAUAAACACCUUCUUCUACAAGAAGAUCGAGGUUGCAGCCUGGAACAUCGUCAAAUACAACAUCUUUUCGGAGACUGGCGGCCCCGAACUCUACGGCACCGAGCCUUGGUCCUUCUACUUCCGAAACCUAGCUCUGAACUUCAACAUCUGGUUCGUGCUGGCCCUCCUGUGUCUGCCCCUAUUCCUACUGCAGAAAAUCGUAUCUCCCUCUGGUCAGGGUUUCCAGACUGGCCUUCGCGCACUGGUCUUCAUCUCGCCCUUCUAUCUCUGGCUCGGCAUCUUUACUCUGCAGCCGCACAAGGAAGAGCGCUUCAUGUACCCCGCGUAUCCUUUCCUGGCACUGAACGCGGCCAUGUCUCUACACAUUGUCCUCACAGCAUUUGGCAAUUCUGACCCCAGGACUCUGGUUGGAAAGAUACCUGCUAAACUCAAGCUGUCUCUGGUCACUAUUGUCCUUCUUCUGUCGUUCGAUAUCAGCUUAUCGCGAGUUUACGGCAUUUGGUCUGCCUAUCAUGCCCCAAUGACACUUUACAAACCGCUGGGAGCUGGGGUCAGCGGUCAACAAGGGCUUGGUGUUCGUGGCGACAACGUGUGCUUCGGAAAGGAAUGGUACCGCUUUCCGUCAUCCUACUUCCUGCCUCGGGACAUGCACGCAAAGUUUGUCCGCUCAGAGUUCCGCGGGUUGCUGCCAGGAGAAUUCUCUGAAGCCCGGACCGGUUUUGGUUUCUGGAGCGGCACAUGGCUUCCUACCACUGGUAUGAACGACAGGAACGAGGAGGAUAUGGGCAAGUACGCUGACCAGCGAACUUGCGGGUUCCUGGUGGAUACACAGUACCCGGAGCGAACUGACCCGCUCCCUCCGAAUGAGCCGGACUACAUCGCAGACGAGGAGCACUGGAAGAUUGUCAAGUGCGUUCCCUUCUUGGAUGGAGAAAAGACGCAUUUUCUGGCCCGGGCUUUGUGGGUGCCUGACCUGCCCUUCAUCCCCGAGAAGUUCCAAAGGAAGUGGGGACGUCACUGUCUCUUGCAACGCAAGAAAUAA